AUGGCACCCACAGCCACCGAAACCGAGUGGGAUCACCAGUUCAACACUCUGCGCCGUGAAAAUCUCUUCCGAAAUCCUCCUACGGACCACACCGCCUAUCCCGCCCUUCAAUUAGCCGUCAACCCCCAUAUCGAAUCCUUCAAUGCUAUCUUUCGUGACGAUGGCAAGACUGGCCUGUUGGCGCAUGGCAUAGCCGAUAUUGGCGCUAAAACUUUCCUCGAUGGCGACGACCGCGCCCCCUCGGAUGGAAAGAACAGUGUUACUGUUCGGUACAAAGACGUCUUCCUACAGAAGCCUCAGGUCCCCCCCUCUAAUAAGCUGGCCCGGAACCGCCAGGUUUUCCCCGCCGAGUGCAGAGAGCGUCACGUCACAUACAGAGGAAGGCUCUCGGCUACUCUCGAGUACCGCAUCAAUGGCGGUGACCCGGUCGAGUUUACUCGAGAAUUCGGCCAGGUUCCUGUCAUGAUCAAGUCAAACAGAUGCCAUCUCGAAGGCAACACACCCGCGCUCCUCGUCGAGAGAAAAGAGGAGUCUGAAGAGCUCGGAGGUUAUUUUAUUGUGAACGGUAUCGAGAAAAUCAUUCGAUUGCUGCAGUUGAACAAGCGAAACUUCCCCAUGGCCAUCAACCGACCCAGUUUCCAGAACCGUGGCCCUGGUUACACUCCUUACGGUAUCAUUCUCCGUGCAGUCCGUCCCGACGAGACCUCUCAGACCAACGUUCUUCACUACCUCAACGAUGGUAACAUGACCUUCCGUUUCUCGUGGCGCAAGAACGAGUAUCUCGUUCCUGUUAUGAUGAUUCUCAAGGCCCUGGUGGAGACCAACGAUCGCGAAAUCUUCGAAGGCUUGAUUGGCCCUGCCGGUUCCAAGGCAGCCGGAAACACCUUUUUGACGGACCGAAUUGAGCUUCUGCUACGCACGUACAAGUCCUACAAUCUCUACAGCAAGUCGGAUACAAGGGCAUUCUUGGGUGAGAAGUUCCGAGUCGUUCUCGGAGUUCCAGACACUAUGACCAACUAUGAGGUCGGUACGGAGUUCUUGCGCAAGAUUGUUUUGGUACACCUUGGCAAUAUUGAUGUCACCGAAGAGCAAGACAAAGAGAAGUACAAGCUCCUUCUCUUCAUGAUCCGAAAGCUGUACGCACUUGUCGCUGGAGAAUGCGCUGUCGAUAACCCUGAUGCUGUCCAGAACCAGGAGAUUCUGCUUGGUGGUUUCCUGUACGGACAAAUCCUUAAGGAAAGACUCGACGAGUUCCUCAGCGUCAACGUUCGAGCAUCCCUGCGAGAAUACAUGCGGAGGAACCCUGGUAUUCCAUUUACCUCUGAGGAAUUCCGUAAAGAGUUCCCUAACAACAUUUUCCGCAAGGCCAACGAAAACCUCGGUAAUGCGUUGGAAUACUUUAUGUCAACGGGUAACUUGCAGAGUCAGUCAGGUCUCGACUUGCAACAAACGGCCGGUUUCACAGUCGUGGCUGAAAAGCUGAACUUUACGCGAUUCAUCAGUCAUUUCCGAAUGGUUCAUCGUGGUGCCUUCUUUGCCCAACUGAAGACAACAGCCGUGCGAAAGCUGCUUCCAGAGUCAUGGGGUUUCAUGUGUCCCGUCCACACACCUGAUGGUUCUCCUUGUGGCUUGUUGAAUCAUAUGGCCCACAAGGCAAAAAUAUGUACGGAUUACGUAGACGUAUCCCGUCUCCCAACUCUUGCUACCGAGCUAGGAAUUGUUGAUGUCUCGUCUGCUUCCACCGACGAAAACGUUGUCGUUAUGCUUGACGGCAAGAUCCUUGGAUACUGUACCCCUAAGGAGUCUAUCAGAAUCGCUGAUUGCUUCCGAUACUGGAAGGUAGAGGGUACCCACGGAGUUCCUCUGCAACUCGAGAUCGGUUACGUUCCUCCUUCCAGGGGUGGAUCUUACCCUGGUAUCUAUAUGACUUCAACGCCCGCGAGAAUGGUGCGCCCUGUGAAGUACCUUCCUCUGCAAAAAGAGGAUUGGGUCGGCCCUUAUGAGCAGCCUUAUAUGUCCAUUGCUGUCGUGCCACAAGAGGUUGAAUCUGGCAAGUCAACACACGUGGAGUUUGAUCCUACCAACAUUCUCUCUAUUCUCGCCAACAUGACCCCUUUCUCCGACUUUAAUCAAUCGCCUAGAAAUAUGUAUGCUGAUAUUGCUAUUGCCCUACCACUGCCCUUCGAAGUGCUUGCAGAACUAACAAUCGACAGGUAUCAAUGUCAGAUGUCAAAACAAACUAUGGGAACUCCUAGUACUGCUUCUGUAUACCGCACAGAUAAUAAAACCUAUCAAAUUCAGACAGGACAGACACCUAUCGUUCGAGCACCCCUUCACAACACUUAUGGGUUCGACAACUUCCCGAACGGUUUCAAUGCGGUCGUCGCUGUUAUUUCUUAUACUGGUUAUGAUAUGGACGACGCUAUGAUUCUCAACAAGAGUGCUCACGAGCGAGGCUUCGGCCAUGGUACCAUCUACAAGACAAAGAAGAUUUCACUCAAGGAUGACUCUCGAACGAAGGCUACCAAGAGCGUCACCAAGGCCUUUGGGUUUGCUCCUCAUAGUUACGUGAGUGCCCAGUACCAGGGCAUGUUGGACGACGAUGGUUUGCCCUAUGUUGGACGUCUGAUCCAGGAGGGAGACGUCAUCUGCGCCUGGCACACUGUAACUCCCGACUACAAUGGUAAACUGGUGAACCUCGACGGUAUUACUCAUUAUGAGAAGUACAAGGACUCGGAAGAGGGUUUCGUGCAAGAGGUCAGAUUACUGGGGGCCGAAUCAGGCAACGAAAUCUUGCAAGCCAUAUCUGUUAAGUUCCGAAUUCCUCGAUCCCCCAUUGUUGGUGACAAGUUCUCGUCUCGUCACGGACAGAAGGGUGUUGCUUCACAAAAGUGGCCAACAAUGGAUUUGCCAUUCUCCGAGACUGGCAUUUCUCCCGAUAUCAUUAUUAAUCCACAUGCCUUCCCCUCACGUAUGACCAUAGGGAUGUUCGUCGAGUCGCUAGCAGGCAAGGCUGGCGCGCUGCAUGGUCUCGCGCAAGACUCAACUCCGUUCAAAUUCGACGAAGAAAACACCGCCGGAGAUUACUUUGGCCACCAGUUGAUGAAGGCCGGGUACAAUUACCAUGGAAACGAGCCCAUGUACUCGGGUAUAACUGGAGAGGAGCUUCAAGCUGAUAUCUACAUCGGAGUCGUUUACUACCAGAGGCUACGUCAUAUGGUAAACGACAAAUUUCAAGUGAGAACGACUGGCCCAGUUGUACCGACGACUGGCCAGCCCAUCAAAGGUCGAAAGAGAGGUGGUGGUAUCCGUGUCGGAGAAAUGGAGCGUGAUGCUCUUCUGGCACACGGAACGGCAUUCUUGCUCCAGGAUCGUUUGCUCAACUGUUCCGAUUACUCCAAAUCGUGGAUUUGCCGCCGUUGUGGUUCGUUCCUUUCUGUGCAGCCCACAGUGUCACAGUUCGCACCAGGCAAGAAGAAGGCCGCAAGCAUCGUACGAUGCCGCGCUUGCGCAAUCAAGCUGGAUGAUUCGGAGGGAGUGGACCUGACCGAGGUCUCUGGGGAGAUGUGGGAAGAUGGACAGGGCAAUUCCUGGGUUGGUGGUGACCAAACUACGCAGGUUGUUGUGCCAGGUGCGCUCAAGUAUCUCGAUGUGGAGCUUGCAGCAAUGGGUGUCAAGCUCAAGUACCGAGUGGACCGCAACGAUGAGCCUAGAAAGGGUCCGAUGAAGCCUAUGGCAUUGGAUGGCGUUCGGGUUGGAAAAUAG